AAUUUAUUCGCCGUCUGUACCUUACAAAAUCACAAUACAAAUUACAAAAGUCGGCCAUUUAAAUUUUAAAAACAGAACCACUUUGCCGAAACACAAUGCCGAAAAAUAUAACAAAUGAAGUACGUGACAUAAUAUUAAAAGUCAAAGAAUUCAUGGACGAAGAGAAGCGAAUGCAAGUACCAAUAAUACCGCUUAGUAAAGUAUACGUAAGAGUAUCCGCCGCCACAGGUGUAUCUGAACGAACUGUGCUUAACAUAGUAAAAGAAGCCAGGCUUGUGGAACAAGGAUUAUUAGAUCCAGACACACUAAAGAGGGCUCCAAAAAAAAGAGUUCGAACAAAAGGAAAGAUUGAAGUAGAUGAAUAUGACUUGCAGGUUAUAAGGCGAAAAAUUCAUGAGUUUUAUGCAUUCAAAAAAGAAGUACCUACUAUAAACAAACUCUUACAAAUAUUGAAAGAUGAAAUCAACUUUAAAGGCUCACGUGAGACACUGAGGAAAAUUCUCCGUAAAAAUGGUUUUCAAUUCAGAAAAACAAAGAAUAAUAAAGAAAAGGAACAUGUGGCGGAAUCCACCUCAUCUGUCCCACAAAUGGUUACACCAUAUAUUCACACCAUGUUCAAUCAUAAAAAUAUUCAGUCGUAAGCAAAAGAUUAGUGUUUAAUCUUCUGGAUCCUUUGUCAAUUUAUUCUAUGAUUAUAUGGAUGGUAGCUGUCACAUUUAUAUUUUAAGGACUUUCUAAAAUAUCAGCAGGGUCUGAAGCUAACUCAAAAAAAGUCUUUUGAAGAAUAAAGUCAACUGAGCAAGUUUUACAUUUCAUUAUGUAACAAAAAGAAAUUGUAGCAGUCUUGUAUGUAAAACUACUAAAUUUCAAAUGAUUGACUUUGAAUUGACUCAAAUAUUAUCAGGUGAGUCUAAAACCCUUGAUUUGUGGAUCCCUUGCAUUGAGAUAGUUCACAUUUUCCCUAAAUUUGGGAGAAAACUUUCACAUUUAGACUUGUAAUGAAAAAGAAAGUUGUUUAAUUAGAUUAUAUAGUAUUCAAAAAGUCCAUUUGGCUUUGAAUGUACUGGUAUGAUGACAGAACAAGUGUGUUUGUUUGUAUAAACUAAAGAAUGUUCCUUCAGUAUUACACCAAUGUCUGACAAACAAUUGCCUGUACACCUUACCACUAUUUAAAUCUGAAUCUAAACUCAUUCACAAAUUAGGAAAACUAUACUUAAUUAUAACAGUUAAAAAUUAACUAUAAUAUACCUAGAUGUAAGUUUCUUUAGUGAUUUUAAGGUCUAAACAUCUAAAAGCAAUAAUAAUAAAUAUCUAUAAAAUUAUAAUACAUAUUUGUAAAUAAUAUUAAGGAAGGUAAAAUAUAUCAUAUUGGCAUAGUAUAGUUCCACCUAAAAGAUAAUUAAAAUUUAUAUAAGACUAGCGGACGCCCGCAACUUUGUCCGCCGAACUCCGAAACUCGAACUAAACUUACAACUACCCCUACCCUUUUUUUAUUUUUUUCUGUCAUAAGAACCUCUUGACAAUAACAACCACAUCAAAAAAAUAGUGAAAGCUUUAACCAUUAAGGCUGCACACGUGACGCAAGCUUUAAAAAUGGAGUAACUUCUCCUGUUUUCCCAACAUUUCCCUUCACUGCUCUGCUGCUAUUGACUGUAGCAUGAUGAAAAGUAUACUAUAACCUGCCCAGGAGUUUGAAGAAUAAUUGCACAUUUUUGUUAUAAUCCGUCAAGUAGUUUUUAUUUCUAUAAUGAACAUACAGACAGAAAGAAGUUAACUGAUUGCAUUUUUGGCAUCAGUAUCGAUCACUAAUCACCCCCUGAUAGUUAUUUUGGAAAUAUAUUUCAUAUACAGAAUUGACCUCUCUACAGAUUUAUUAUAAGUAAAGAAGAUGGUAAAAUGAUCAGAGAUGCAUACAAUGAUCCUAAAUGUAUAAUUUUGGCUUACCUAUGUGCAGUUGAUGAUUAUGUUACGAUAAUCGUGUAUACGGGCUAUGUAGGUCUCCAAACAUUCCUUGUACCACUUUAAUUGUUUACAUUCUAUUGUGAUUGGCACAUAGUAUACUUCCUCUCCAACACUGGUUAACAAUUUUUUUGAGACUGAAUUGUCAAGAAUAGAGUCUCCAUGGCUAAAGGCAACCUAUGUACAAUUAGUCAAGGUCAAUAUUAUCGGUCAUUUAUUUUUAAUCACAAUUAAAUAACAGAUGAGGGUAUAUAUUUCUAAUAACAGAUCUCGUACCAUUUAGCAAUUUCUUUUUUGGGUAUGUUAUACCUCAUUAAGUGACAGGUGAAAGUUGCAAAAAUUACUUACACUGUAUUUCAUAGUUCCCAUUUUUAAAUUUGCUCAUUAGAAAUUUGUACCUCAAUGUUUUCAUAAAAGUUCUCUACUGUUAGACUUAUAUUUUCAAAGAUUUGUGUAACUGUUUUCGUUUAUAAGAAUUUGACCUUUAAAUACAUAAUAUGUUUAAAAACUGUAAUACAUAGAUCUCUAUAGAUAUUAUUAUUGUAUGUAAUGUCUUUAUAAAUAAUAUUGUAUUGUUAAGAGGUGUAAAAAAAAAGUAAGGCAGAUACUGCUCAUCUUAUAUCUUGCCCUCAUGUUUUUAUUGCACCAAUUACUUGUAACUUCAUCUAAUGUAUAUGAUAUCUCUUAAAACUCAAGUAUUGUAUUAGAGCAUUUCUAUAACAAAAUAAUAAAACAUUAUUUUGAGUAAGUGGCCUAAAUAAAGGUAUUUAGUUUAA